AUGCAGAAAGGUUCAAUACAUGAAGAGUUUGCUUUAAAGCAAACAGCUCCGAAAAUUGUUGGAUCAGGGGUGAUGAUAGGAGGAGAUAAGGUAACCGUUGCCUAUGACCUCGUUGAGCAAAUGGAGUAUCUCUAUGUUCGCGUUGUCAAGGCUAAAGAGUUAACAAAGGAUGUUACAGGGAGCUGUGAUCCUUAUGUUGAAGUAAAAGUUGGAAACUACAAGGGCAUCACGAAGCAUUUCGAGAAGAAAAUCAACCCUGAAUGGAAUUAUGUGUUCGCGUUCUCUCAGGAUAGGCUUCAAGCUUCUUACAUUGAAGUAUGUGUGAAAGAUAAGGAUGUUGUGUUGGAUGAUAUGAUAGGAAGAGUCGUGUUUGAUCUCGUUGAUGUACCGAGAAGAGUUCCACCGGAUAGUUCAUUAGCCCCACAAUGGUAUAGGAUAGAAGAUAAAAGAGGUGAAAAGUUGAAAAAAGGGGAAAUCAUGCUUGCUGUUUGGAGAGGAACUCAAGCAGACGAGGCGUUUUGUGAUGCGUGGCAUUCGGAUGCAGCAGCUGUGGGAAGUGAGGGGAUUUCAAGAAUUAGAGGAAAGGUAUAUCUUUCUCCUAGACUUUGGUAUAUCAGAGUUAAUGUCAUUGAAUGUCAAGAUCUGCUUCCAAGUGAAAAGAAUCGACAACCCGAGUGCUGUGUGAAGGUUAUGUGUGGGAAUCAGGUCUUGAAAACGAAAAUUUCUUCGAUUAAAAGUUGCAAUCCAAUGUGGAAUGAGGACUUGGUUUUUGUUGUAGCUGAACCAUUUGAAGAGCCUUUGGUUAUAACUGUGGAGGAUAAAGUUGGAUCGAAUUUCGAGUUUUUGGGAAAAUGUGUGCUUCCUUUAAGCAUUGUCCCUAGAAGGCUUGACAACAAACCUGUUCCUUCUAAAUGGCACAAUCUUGAGAAGCAUACAGUUGUAGAAGGGGAAAAAAAAGAGACUAAAUUUGCUAGUAAGAUUCAUAUGAGGCUUAGUUUGGAUGGUGGAUAUCACGUGUUGGAUGAAUCGAUACAUUACAGUAGUGAUUUCAAGCCAACGUCGAAGCUUUUAUGGAAAUCCAGCAUUGGACUACUUGAAUUGGGGAUAAUAAGUGCAACAGGAUUGUCAGCUAUGAAGUCCAAGGAUGGACGAGGGACGACAGAUGCCUAUUGUGUAGCUAAGUAUGGGCCAAAAUGGGUUCGUACAAGGACAAUCAUCGAUAACUUGUCACCACAAUGGAAUGAGCAGUACACUUGGGAAGUACAUGAUCCUUGUACUGUAAUCACAGUAGGAGUGUUCGAUAACGGAUACCUACAAGGGGGGAAAUGUACGAGCAUUGGAAAGGUGAGGAUUAGGCUCUCGACACUUGAAACAGAGAAGGUAUACACACAUUCCUACCCUCUUAUUGUCCUGCAUCCAUCGGGCGUUAAAAAGAUGGGAGAAGUUCAACUAGCUGUGAGGUUUUCGUGUAUGUCUUAUGUCAAUAUGUUGUCUAAAUACGCUCAACCGUUGUUUCCAAAGAUGCAUUAUGCUCAUCCAAUGUCUAUCAGUCAGCAAGAUUUCCUCAGGUUCCAAACUAUUCAAAUACUUUCAACGAGGCUAGGACGAGCAGAGCCACCGUUGAAAAAAGAGGUCGUGGACUACAUGCUAGAUGCUGGUUCGCAUAUAUGGAGCGUAAGGAGAGCUAAGGCUAAUUUUUUCAGAUUAAUCUAUGUUGUGAGUCCACUAUUGGCUAUUGGAAAAUGGUUUGAUCAAAUAUGUCAUUGGAAGAAUCCGAUCACAACAAUUCUAAUCCAUAUACUCUUUGUUAUAUUAGUCCUUUACCCUGCAUUGAUUGUUCCUACAUUCUUUCUUUACCUAUUCUUGAUUGGUAUUUGGCACUAUAGAUUGAAACCAAUACAUCCACCUCACAUGGACAUCCAUAUUUCACAUGCUCACGGUGUUUUCCCCGAUGAUUUGGAUGAAGAAUUCGAUACAUUCCCAACAUCAAGAGGCUCGGAUAAGGUGAGGAUGAGAUAUGAUCGUUUGAGGAGCAUUGGAGGCAGGAUUCAGACCGUGAUAGGGGACUUAGCGACUCAAGGGGAAAGGUUUCAUUCAUUGUUAAGCUGGAGAGAUCCAAGGGCAUCGGCUUUGUUCGUGACAUUCUGUUUGUUUGCUGCAAUAGUCAUGUAUGUCACACCAUUCCAAGUUGUCGCGCUUCUCAUUGGAAUCUACGUGUUAAGGCACCCGAGAUUUCGCCAUAAACUUCCUCCAUUGUCUACUAGUUUCUUCAAGAGGCUGCCUGCAAGAGCAGACUGUAUGUUGUAG